AUGGUAUUCACACCACCAUCUUGGGUGCCAGAGCUCCCGAUCGAUCCCCCCGACUCUAUUUCUCUCCAUGAGUUUAUGAGAAACGAGACUUAUGGCCGGCAGCCAAUCUCCAACUCUAGAAACCCCUUUACUUGCGGCAUAACAGGAAAAUCAUAUUCUGUCUCUGAAGCUCACCAGCGAGCCGAUUUUGUCGCACGUGCCUUGGCCAAAAGACUUGACUUUUCACCUAACGAGGGAGUCGAAUGGGAUAAAGUCGUUGCUACAUUCUCAGUAAACACAAUAGAUACUUUCACGGUUACGCAAGCUGUACACCGCCUCUCUGGUAUCAUCACACCCGCCAGUGCUGCAUACUCUGCUUCCGAUUUGGAGCAUCAAUUGCGAUCAUCUGGUGUCAAAGCACUUUUCACAUGUGCCAGUCGUCUCGAUAUCGCUGUCAAAGCGGCUAAAGCAGCCAACAUUCCCAACGACCGUAUCUUUAUACUAAGCGCCGCGGAUAAUACCGCCACGAAAGGUCUCGCUUUCACAACUUUCGAUGAUCUUGUCAAGGAAGGUGCCACCUUACCAGACUUGGAGCCUUUGAGAUGGGUUAAAGGUCAGGGCGCCAGACAGGUCGCCUUUCUUUGCUAUUCCAGUGGCACUUCCGGCCUUCCUAAAGCUGUUAUGAUUUCCCACAGAAAUGUCAUUGCUAAUGUCCUCCAACUCACGACAUACGAAAGCGUUUCGAGACGAGAGGAUGGAAUCGAGACUCAAGCAUGCCUGGGCGCACUUCCUUUUAGCCACAUUUAUGGUCUUCUUAUAAUAUCCUUCGCAAGCACGUUCAGGGGCGACGAGGUUAUCGUUCUUCCUGAAUUUGAGCUGGAAAAGGCUUUGAUUGCGGUCCAGAGACAUAAAAUUGCGCACAUGAACGUCGUUCCGCCCAUUAUCAUCCGCAUCAUCCACAACAAAGUUUUGUGUGACAAGUAUGACUAG